AUGUCUGACGCCGUUCCUCCCCUUCCUCUACUUACCCAAGAACAAGAGGAUGCAACCUUGCAUGCCCGUGUGCACAAUGUAAACAACGACAAGGCCAUCAAUAAACUCAUGAAGCGCCUCCAGGCAUACCUGGCACGCAACUUUGCAUACAUAUCCUAUCAAAACAAUCCAGACCCCUCCCUGGCUACUCUAGUCACUCUCGAAGAAGUCGAGAACGCGCGUGAUGAAUUCCUGGUCGAGUUGGCAUCAUUUAGGCUGAGCAUGCGGAAAAACACUCUCGUGAUUGAUGCGGAAGGUCGUCAGGCGCAGCAAUAUAAAGAUGAAAUUGAGAGCAUUGCCAGGGAGCAUGAAGCUACGAAGCUUGACAUUGAAAAUCUACGCCUCACACUGGAACAAGAACAGACCUUCCGAAAACGUAAACAAGAAUAUGACUUGGUGGCUGAAAAGAUAAAUGACUAUCCGUCACGAACGGAGCUUACGGCCGACAUUGCUGCGCUGGAUGACGAAUUGUCUACUAUUCGGGCUGCACGCGAGGACCACAAUGAGAAUCUGGCGGCACGCCGUGCGGUACUUGACACUCUGGUUCAACAAAUCCACUCUCUUCGACAGAUGGGCAAACCCCAAGAUGGCUCUGACCCAACACCAGGUUCUGCCGAGCUAGCGCAUGGUACCCACCAAUUAAAUCCCGCUGCACGCCCGUUUGUGCCGGGUCACUCAGUAGGUGAAACCCCGACUCCAGGCCCAGGAACACCACUUGCCCCUGCACCAGCUGUGGCAAAGCCCGAAAGUGAUGAUGAUAUCGAGAUGGGGGAGGUGGCGGAAGAGGCAGAGGCAGGCGAAGUGGAGGACAGGGACAAGUGGAGCAAACCCAAGUCCAAAUCUCGGAGGCCGGACGACGAGAUGGAAGAGGGUGAGGCAUCGGACGGAACUGGCGAGCCAAUAGACUCUUGA